AUGGCGCGGCUCCUCGCGAAGCUGACGCUAAUCACAAUCGCUCUAACAUUCCUCUUCUCUCCGUCGCAUUCCGCCGUAUUCAGCAUAGAUCUCGGCUCCGAAUCGCUCAAGGUAACCGUGGUAAACCUAAAACCAGGCCAGACUCCGAUCUCCGUCGCGAUCAACGAGAUGUCGAAACGGAAAUCACCGGUGCUAGUUUCGUUCCACGACGGAGAUCGUCUCCUCGGCGAGGAAGCAGCGGGUCUAGUCGCGCGGUAUCCGCAAAAAGUUUAUUCUCAAAUGAGAGACCUAAUCGGGAAACCCUAUGCUUCUGCUAAGAAGUUUCUAGAUUCGUUGUAUUUACCUUUCGAGGCGAAGGAGGAUUCUACAAGAGGCACUGUGAAUUUCGUGGUGGAUAAAAACGGUACGUAUUCGCCCGAGGAAUUGGUUGCUAUGGUUUUGAGUCAUGCCGCAAAUUUGGCGGAGUUUCAUUCGAAGAUUCCGAUUAAAGACGCGGUGAUUGCUGUUCCGCCUUAUUUCGGACAAGCGGAACGGAAGGGAUUGCUUCAGGCGGCCGAGUUAGCUGGGAUUAAUGUUCUUUCGUUGAUUAACGAGCAUUCUGGUGCGGCGUUGCAGUAUGGGAUUGAUAAGGAUUUCUCGAACGAGUCGAGGCAUGUUGUUUUCUAUGAUAUGGGUUCUAGCAGUACCUAUGCUGCACUUGUGUAUUUCUCAUCUUAUAAAAGUAAAGAGUAUGGGAAGACAGUGUCGGUGAAUCAGUUUCAGGUCAAGGAUGUCCGUUGGAACCCUGAGCUGGGUGGUCAGCACAUGGAAUUGCGACUGGUAGAGUAUUUUGCUAAUGAAUUCAAUGCACAAGUUGGUGGUGGAAUAGAUGUGAGAAAAUUUCCUAAGGCUAUGGCUAAGUUAAAGAAACAGGUUAAACGGACAAAAGAAAUUCUCAGCGCAAACACCGGAGCUCCCAUUUCUGUUGAGUCUCUUCACGGUGAUGUGGACUUCAGGAGCUCAAUAACCCGUGAGAAGUUUGAAGAGCUCUGUGAAGAUAUUUGGGAAAAAUCUCUUGUACCGUUGAAAGAGUUGCUUGAGCAUUCAGGCUUGUCAGCAGAUCAAAUAUAUGCAGUGGAGUUAAUUGGAGGUGCUACCAGAGUGCCAAAGUUACAGGCUAAGCUUCAAGAGUUCCUUGGUAGAAAAGAACUUGAUAGGCAUCUUGAUGCUGAUGAAGCAAUAGUUCUUGGUGCUGCUCUGCAUGCUGCAAAUAUAAGUGAUGGUAUCAAAUUAAACCGAAAACUAGGUAUGGUUGAUGGUUCCUUAUACGAGUUUGUGAUUGAAUUGAGUGGUGCCAAUCUUCCGAAAAGUGAAAGUUCUAGGCAGUUACUUGUACCUAAAAUGAAGAAACUUCCGAGUAAGAUGUUCAGAUCCAUUAUUCAUGACAAAGAUUUUGAAGUUUCUCUAGCUUAUGAAAGUGAACAUCUUUUGCCACCUGGUGUUACCUCUCCCUUAAUUGCUCAAUACCAGAUAUCUGGUUUAGCAGAUGCAAGUGAGAAAUAUUCGUCUCGGAAUCUGUCGUCCCCCAUUAAGGCAAAUGUACAUUUCUCUCUUAGUAGAAGCGGAGUUCUUUCUCUGGAUCGGGCAGACGCUGUUGUUGAAAUAACAGAGUGGGUGGAAGUUCCCCGGAAGAACUUGACCAUAGAGAAUUCAACUAUUUCGUCAAAUGUAUCAGAUGAAUCUAGUGCUAGUAACAAUUCCGAGGAAAGCAGUGAAAGUGUGCAAAGUGAUAGUGGUAUUAAUAAGACAUCUAACACGAGUGCUGAAGAGCAAGCUGCUGCUGAACCUGCUACAGAGAAAAAGCUGAAAAAGCGGACCUUUAGGGUACCAUUAAAGAUUGUUGAGAAGAUUACAGGAGCAGGGAUGUCUCUAUCGAAAGAUUUUCUUGCUGAAGCUAAAACAAAAUUACAAGCACUAGACAAAAAGGACGCAGAAAGGAAAAGGACAGCCGAGUCUAAAAAUAAUUUAGAAGGAUAUAUAUACACUACUAAGGAAAAGAUUGAAACUCUUGAGGAGUUUGAAAAAGUCUCUACGAGUGAGGAACGCAAGUCCUUUGUUGAGAAGCUUGAUGAGGUGCAAGAUUGGUUAUAUACAGAUGGUGAAGAUGCCAACGCCACAGAGUUUGAAGAGCGUCUAGAUCAGUUGAAAGCUGUUGGAGAUCCAAUUUUCUUCAGGUUAAAAGAGCUUACAGCUCGACCAGCAGCAGUUGAGCAUGCCCGCAAAUACCUUAUUGAGCUGAAACAGAUUGUAGAAGAGUGGAAAUCAAAGAAGUCCUGGCUUCCAAAAGAACGAGUAGAUGAGGUGAUUAAUAUUGCAGAAAAGUUAAAGAACUGGCUGGAUGAGAAAGAAACUGAGCAAAAGAAAACUUCUGGAUUCAGUAAGCCUGCAUUUACAUCUGAAGAAGUACAUUUAAAGGUGUUUGAACUACAAAACAAGGUUGCCAGUAUUAAUAGAAUCCCCAAGCCCAAGCCCAAGAUUCAGAAGUCCACAAAGAAUGAAAGUGAGAGCAAUGAGCAGAAUACUGAUACUGAUAAUUCUGAUUCCACCUCAACUGAUAGUUCCUCCCAAAGUGAUGAAUCUGCUAACCCGUCAAAAGGUGAAAGUGAAGAAUCGGUUGACGAGCAACCUGAAAAGCACGAUGAGUUAUGA